AGAAGCCAUGACGCUGAAGUGGGCGGCCGCGUUCGUCGCGAUCCUGUACUACCUGACGGUCAUCUUCGUGGGCGUCUGGGCCGGCCGCAAGGUGCACAACCGCGACCCGCCAGAGCGACGCCGUCGCAGCGUCAACAAGCAAGGCACGCGGACGCCGCAACAGCUCAGCCUAACCGCGGGCGACCAAUACGUGAGGAACCUGCUCGUCGCCAACAGGAGCCUGCCGCUGUUCCUUAGCUGCGGAUCGAUGACCGCCACGUGGGUCGGAGGCGGCUACCUGAACGCAACUGCCGAGGCAGUCUUCAAACACGGCCUGCUGCACACGUAUGCCCCGUUCGGCUACACCAUUAGCCUGCUACUGGGCAGCCUCUUAUUUGCCGGCAGAAUGCGGCUGACCGACGCGGUGACCAUGCUGGACCCGUUCCAGAAGCACUACGGUCGCUGGAUGGGACUGCUGCUGGCUCUGCCGGUCGUCGGCAGUGAAGUGCUCUGGUCGGGAGCCAUUCUGUCCAGUCUCGAACGACAACCUGCAACGCCUCCUGGGGACGACGUCAGCAAAGCGAGGACGCCAAAGCAGUCUUCGCCGAAAGGGUCGCCCUCGCCAAAACACCCGUAUUCUCUACGGGCUGGCGCCACGCCUACGGGUCUCGGCGGUGCGAGCCCAACUCGAGACGCUGCUGCUGCCCGCGCAGCCAAGACGCCCCCCGAGCUUUCCACGAAGGGGUCCCCUGCCUCGACGCCAGCCGCACGGGCGUCCGGAACUGCCAGCCCAAACUUCCCUUCGUCAACGACGCGCCCGAAGGGCGCACCUCGCGCAGUUACCACGACUGCCACCAAGAGUCCUUUGAAGGGAGUCAGCACCUCGCAGCUGCUUCACAGAACCGUCAGUCACGAGUCGACCAGCUUGCGACGUUGAUUCGCGCGUCCUCGACGCACAAGCUAUUGUAUAUUUUUAGCAACACGGGAAAACCCCGCUCGAGCAGGUUGAAGGGGAGCCACGAAGUCCUGCAAGCCAUUGAAUGUACGAUGUUCUGUGCUUUGUAGUAAUUAAUGACGAUAACAGCGUCCGUGACCGUCACGUGCACCGAAAAAAAAAAUAUAUAUAUAUAUACCCGAUUUUAGUGACUAUAAAAAUCUUUCCCGAGACACGAGCGAAGGUUGAGGCGGUAAGAAACGUGAGAAUGCCUUCACACGCACGCACGCGCGCGCACACACAGUCGAUCGCACAGUCAAUCACAAGUUGCAUGUUAUGAAACAUCUGAGAAAAAGCUGAAUAUUUGUGCAGCCUCUCAACGCAGCCUAGUAUUCGCAUUUACAGCCUCGACAAGUAUAUGUGAACAAUAUUGUGAUGAUCGGUUUUGCUUACAGGCUGCUCGGUACUUUCUUUUUCCGAGAUCCUGUGGUCCGUAAACUUCUGCGGUUGAAUGUACGUACGUAACGUCCGGACGUCGCUCCGGUCCGGACGACAGAAAAACUCUACGCUGGAAUGAAGAGCGGCAGCGGAGCCAGUUGUAGACGAUGACGAACACGGGAGGACGAGCGCGUUCGCGCGGAUGCGCCGAGGGGCGCCAACGAGCUAGCGGUGGAAGACGACGCUCGAGCCAUUGCUGAUGAUGAUAGUUUUCAGUACACAGGUGCGGACAGCCGCGUUUUCGUUUCGCCUAGCCAUACAAAGCUUCGCUUUAAAGCUGUCCCCGCGGUGCGCCGCGUCCACAGCGUCCAGUGGACAUACACAAGCGUGGACGACUAGACUGGCGUUGUCGUAUAAUCAAGUUUGCUUCUUGCCAAAACGGCCGAUCUUCGAGACGGGUCUAUCUACGCAUCUAUGGCACACACGGUACACAUCGGCCUGCUGGAUUAUAUUGAACAGAACAAGCUAUAUAUGUGCAUUUAAGAUUUUUUACUCGUUUUAUGCAGCAGGCCAAAGUCGCACCCGUCGUGGUUGCUCAGUGGCUAUGGUUAUGGGCUGUUCAUUGUUAAGAACGGCCAGCUGCAGUGCAAGUUUUGCCAACCAGUUGCGACUGUGGAGGCAACAUUCCGGGAGCGUCGCCGCACACCUCUAGCCACGGCGUGACUAAGUCGACUGUGUGUGAAGAACAAUACGUGCGUCCUCGACUCUCCGUCGCUGGAGCCGAGUUUGACGAAGUCGCCAUUGUAAUUAAACGGGCUCGGCGGACCAACUAUUGUUACUGAGCCGCGGGAACGUCUACUGACACCCCUUCCCACGCGCCGACCAAGACGCCAGACAAUGGGCGGCCGGCGGGCGCGCUGCAGUUCGGGGAAUAAAUGCCCGUACGGUGCUUAGUCUCCCCUAC